GCGGAUGGUGGAUCGUGAGAGCAUGGGAGCUUUAGGGUUUUGGAUAGUACGCCAAGUAUUUAUGCUCGGCAUUCUUGUUCGGCAUCAUCACCGCGACCCCUCAUAUUUGUAUUCAUUUUGCCCUUGUUGUUUUCACUGUAGCUUUUCUCGAACUUGGGAUAAGGAACACAGCACCUUACAUAUUCGACAAAUAUAUUUCAGCCUGUCUUGGACGUGAACCGGCAAGCAAGCCCAGGACCGUUGUGUAAGAAUAACCCAUGCCUCACCUCCAAAUAAUCGUCGUCGGCGCCGGGCUGAGCGGCCUCAGCACAGCGAUCGCAUGCACAAUCUCCGGCCAUUCCGUUACCGUUAUCGAAUCGGCAUCUGAACUACAAGAGGUAGGCGCAGGACUCCAAGUAACACCAAAUGCCACGCGCCUCUUGAAAAAAUGGGACCUCCCCGCCUCCUUCUGGGCCACAGCCGCCGAACCAACAUUCCUGGCUGUGCAUAGAUACUCUGAUGGCAAAGUAUUAGCCAUGGAGAAAGAUUUCAAUACAAAGAUUCGCGACAAGUACGGUGCAUCCUUUCUCGAUUUCCACCGCGUCGAUCUGCAACUAGCCCUAUACCAGCGCGCCCUCGCCCUCGGUGUUAAAUUCGAGUUAGGCCAAAGGGUGCAAUCAAUCGAUUUUGACCUCCCACAAGUUACCACAGCUUCCGGGGCGAAGUUCUCAUCGGAUCUUAUUGUGGCUGCCGACGGACUGUGGUCGCAAAGUCGAAAUUGCUUUCUGGAUGUCAAAGACGCGCCUCUACCAACCGGUGAUCUGGCAUAUAGAGUUGUUCUGUCAUUAGACGAUAUUGAAGACCCUGAGCUGAGAGAAUGGGUGAGCAACCCAUCGGUGCAUUUCUGGAUUGGUCCAGGAGCUCAUGCUGUUGGUUACUCGGUGCGUGCGGGGAAGAUGUAUAAUAUCGUCCUACUUGUUCCGGAUGAUCCUCCAGAGGGUGUUAGUCGGCAAUCUGGUUCGGUGGAGGAAAUGAAGGUCCUUUUCAAAGACUGGGAUCCUAUCCUCACGCGAUUCCUAAACAUAGUGCAAACGGUUGAUAAGUGGAAAUUAAUGCACCGAAGCGAGCUAGACUCCUGGAUCAACGACAAAUCAACCUUCGUCAUGGUCGGCGACGCAUGCCACCCUAUGCUCCCCUACCUCGCCCAAGGCGCCAACUCCGCCCUCGAAGACGGCGCCGUCCUCGGCCAUCUCCUAGGCAAAGUUAAAACCCGUAGCCAGGUACCUCGAGCCUUGAAAUUAUACGAACAGUUGAGGAAAACUCGCGGCGAGGCGGUUGUGAGGGAGACGUUUAAACAGCGCGAGUCUUUCCACAUGCCGAAUGGCCCGGACCAGGAGGCUAGAGAUGAAUUAUUUCUCUCGCAACUGGAGACUGGACUUACAGGGGAACCAUUUCCUAGUAGAUGGACAUGCCCUCAAGUUCAACCCUGGUUGUAUAGCUACGAUGCAUAUGAGGAAGCUGAAAAGGCAUGGACCUCAGGCUCUAAUGCUGAAGUACUAUAG